GAAAAUUUGAAAUUAAUUGGGACCCCGGGUACGUUGCUACCGGUUCAAAACUAAACUGAGACAUAGCGAAUAUCAGACAGAAAAUUUCGGAGGAUGACAUUGAAGGGUUUAAAAAAUUAAUAAGAAAGGAUCCAACAAUAGGUUCACUUCAGUUGGAUAUUCGGAACAAAAAUAAAAUGACACCAUUGCUUGAAGCCGUUUCCCGGGGUCACCUCGGAAUGACACACAAGCUAAUAGCCCUGGGUGCAAGCAUAAAUGCUGUUGAUGGUGAAGGUAACAGCUGUUUGCACCUUGCCAUGGAAACAGAAGUGUUUAAUUCCGAGGGUGCACCCAUGGAUUUACUAAACGAAUGCUGCACUGCCACCAACCUAAAAAAGAAAAGAAGUCUCUCUGGUAUAGUGGUUGCGAGAUAUCUCGCCAGCCAGGGAGCUGACUUUCACCAUAAAAACAACAAAAAUAACAGACCAUUGGACCUCAUUAAGGACCCAAAUUUGAGAAAAAACUUAGAAACAUUUUUACAACCACAAUGUUUGCUGUGCAGAAAUAAAGCGGCCACAACAAAAGUUCAUCCCUGUGAACACCUUCUGACAUGUGAAGAAUGUUCAAACAUUCCACUUCAACAAUGUCUGAAGUGUUUAAAACCUGUAAUAACAGGCAGAGGUCGAGUUGGGGCUCCAGAGUUUGAGGACAGAUGUGUACAAACGGAGGCUACAUGUCAGGAAUUAGGGGCUGCAUCUCAAGCAAUAGGGGCUCCAGAGUUUGAGGACAGGUGUGUACAAACGGAGGCUACAUGUCAGGAAUUAGGGGCUGCAUCUCAAGCAAUAGGGGCUCCAGAGUUUGAGGACAGGUGUGUACAAACGGAGGCUACAUGUCAGGAAUUAGGGGCUGCAUCUCAAGCAAUAGAGGCUCCAAAGUUUGAGGACAGGCGUGUAAAAACAGAGGCUACAUGUCAGGAAUUAGGGGCUGCAUCUCAGGUAAUAGCAAGGCCAAUAUUUGAAGACAAAGAGGUCCAGACAGUAGAAGAGCCACGUGAGAGUCCAGUUCUGAAGGAGAGGAAUCUGAUGAGAGUGGCUAAGAGGUUAGGAAGUGAUUGGUGGCAAGUGGCUAUUUUUUUAGGAGUUGAUACAACUGAACUGAAAAUUGAUGAUGAGUCUAUUGACACUGUAAAACAAGGUUACCUGAUGCUUCGUGAAUGGUUCAAAAAUUGCGACCCAGAAACACGGACACACGCAACAUUAAGUGCAGCUCUUGAAGAAGCUGAAUGUUUCACUGCGAUGGAAUGUCUGUCAUUAGACGCAAAGUGAAUUUCCAUGUAACUGUUGUUGUUUAGCUUCAGAUUAACCUUGACCAAACAGAGUCUUUUGAUCAAACGCAUUCCAGCCAGGACCAUCAUGCCUAUUUCCAAAGAGAACCCACAACCAUCUCGUCCAAUAUGCCCUUCUGUACAGUGAUAUCGUGUGAAUUUAGCUACUAAUUCUAGCAGGUAUAUCAACCACAUUGUGAUCCCAUCACUGGUUUUGCUCCUUUGUUAAAAAUUCACUUUUAAAAUAAAGACAAAGUUUGAAAUGUUCA